UCACGUGAAAUGUUUUCUUUAACCUCGCUCUAAUUUCUCUUUAAACGACCACAUGUCUCCAUUUUGAACAAUCAAAUACGAUGCUUUAUUUGCUUACCCUUUCUCAAGAUAAGUGCCUCUUUGCUUCAUCUAUCACUUUCUCUCUGAUUAUUUAUUCUAGUUUCGUGCAUGGAUUUGGUUUUGUUGUUGCAAUUUGGUGAGGAUUUUUGUAUUUUUUUUGGUGAAUUCUUGACCAUAUUUUGAUUAGUUUUGUUUCCAAAUUAAUGUCAUUCGGAGCCAAAUUGCAAAAUUAGGGUUUGAUUGAGGGUCUGGGAUCUGAUCACAAAGAAGCAUCAAAGUUGUUUCUUGUUACUGUUAAUGGGAUAAAAAAAGAUUCAAUCUUUAUACUACCUUUCAGAGAAGAGAGGCGGUAACAAGGACCUGAAGAUCAAUAGGGCUAGUUGUUUAUUUUUUAUUUUUUAUGGGGAAUACAUGUGUAGGACCAAAUCUAGGCAAUAAUGGAUUCUUCAAUACUGUUACUGCUGCUAUUUGGCGUUCCCGGCCACCAGAGGACCGGUUGCACCUUCCUAAAGGAGAAGGUAGUAGCAAGAAUAAUGGUGAUUCAGAAGCGGGUCCGGUUCGUGGAUCAAAAAAAUCUGAGGGUUCUAAAAAAGGAUCAAAUGAUCAUCCACCAAUACUGGUCCAGAACACCCCGCCUGAACCAGUUAAAAUGCCCAAUGAAGCACCACCACCUAAAGUCAUUGAGCAUGAAAAAUCCAUUAAGCAGGAAAUGAGAGAAGUGGGAAUUGGUCAGCCAGGGGAGGAGCAGAAGGGGAAGAAACCUACUCAUGUUAAGAGGGUUUCGAGUGUAGCGCUUCAAAUGGAAUCUGUGUUAGGGAGGAAAACUGGGAAUUUGAAGGAUAUUUAUAGUUUAGGGAGGAAGCUUGGACAAGGGCAAUUUGGAACAACGUUUCUUUGCAUUGAGAAGGCGACUGGGAAGGAGUUUGCUUGCAAAUCCAUAGCGAAGAGGAAGUUGACGACGCAGGAGGAUGUGGAUGAUGUUAGGAGGGAGAUUCAGAUAAUGCAUCAUUUGGAGGGUCAUCCUAAUGUGAUAAAAAUUGUGGAUGCUUAUGAGGAUGCUGUUGCAGUUCAUGUCGUUAUGGAACUUUGUUCUGGCGGGGAGCUUUUUGACAGAAUUGUUCGGAGGGGGCAUUAUACGGAAAAACAGGCAGCUGAGCUUGCGAGGUUAAUUGUUGGUGUUGUGGAAGCAUGCCAUUCUUUGGGUGUUAUGCACCGGGAUUUGAAGCCUGAGAAUUUUCUGUUUGUCAGUCAGGAAGAGGAGUCGCCGCUUAAAACGAUAGACUUUGGUCUCUCAGUGUUCUUCAGGCCAGGUGAAACUUUCACUGACAUAGUUGGCAGCCCCUACUAUGUAGCUCCAGAAGUGUUGCGGAAGCUAUAUGGUCCAAAAUGUGAUGUUUGGAGUGCUGGGGUGAUCAUUUAUAUUUUGUUAAGUGGGGUUCCCCCGUUCUGGGAUGAAACGGAACAAGGAAUAUUUGAGCAGGUUUUAAAAGGGGAACUAGACUUUGAAUCAGAACCUUGGCCUAAUAUCUCUGAAAGUGCAAAAGAUCUUGUUCGGAAAAUGCUAGUAAGGGACCCUAAAAGACGGCUGACAGCCCAUGAAGUUCUCUGCCAUCCUUGGGUGCAGAUGGAAGGUGUUGCACCUGAUAGACCUCUUGACUCAGCUGUUCUAAGUCGGUUGAUGCAAUUCUCAGCCAUGAAUAGGCUCAAGAAAAUUGUCAUCCGAGUCAUUGCUGAAAGCCUCUCUGAAGAGGAAAUUGCAGGUCUGAAAGAAAUGUUCAAGAUGAUAGAUGCAGACAAUAGUGGACAUAUCACUCUUGAGGAACUGAAGACUGGUUUGGAGAAAGUGGGUGCUAAUACCAAGGAUUCUGAAAUUGCUGGGCUAAUGCAAGCUGCUGAUGUUGAUAACAAUGGUACCAUAGACUAUGGUGAGUUCGUAGCAGCCAUGCUCCAUCUAAACAAGAUUGAGAAGGAGGAUCAUCUAUAUGCAGCCUUCUCAUACUUUGACCAAGAUGGGAGUGGGUACAUCACUAAAGAUGAGCUCCAACAUGCCUGUGAGAAGUUUGGUUUAGGAGAUGUUCAGUUAGAUGAAAUUAUACGUGAAGUUGACCAAGAUGAUGAUGGACGCAUCGAUUACAGUGAAUUUGUGGCUAUGAUGCAAGACACUGGUUUUGGCCAAACCAGAUCACAAAUAACUUAGGCAUGUAAGAUUCAGAUAAGCCUUUAAGCAGGAGUUAAUUUGUAUUUUCUAGGUGUCAUAAGUUAACAGAAUGUGCAGCGCAUACUGUUGUAGAGAGGAGGCAGGCUUCAGGGAGGUUAAGAGAGGGUAUCCUAUUCAUUUUAUUCUUUUCCAAGUUGUAUUUACCACCUUUUAGGUUCCUGUUAAAUUUAUUCAGAUGGAUUAGAUUGCAAUUUCCCAUGUUUGAAAACUUUGUUCAUGAUUAAAUUUUUUUUUUCCCCA